UCACACAUCCCCAGCUAUUGCUGCGCGAGAGCGAUGUGUUGGAAUGCGUGAGUCUCGCGCACUUCCUCGACCGAUUUGAGAGUUUGGAAAUAACUUCUCCCGAAACUUGUUUCUGGAACAACACCGCCGAACAACGAGUGAACGUCUCCGCUGGUUGAGCAUGGCUGCUCAGAUGGUGUAUUCUGCUACUGCUGGUAUCUUCAUGCCUGGAGGCAUCCCACUACCGGAGGUGGGCCAUGACCUUCCUGAGCUGCCUCGGAAUGAUGUGGCCGCCCCUCAGCUAGUGAUGCUUGCUAACGUAGUGUUAUCAUCAGAGGCGUCUUCCUCAGACUACAAUGCAGAAGAGAAACAAAUGGUUGAACUCAAGACUGUUGGAUGCAACAACUACUCUGACAGUGAGGAAGAGGGUGUUAUCAGAUACAGCCUUGACAAUUCGGAGAUGUCCGAGGACACGUACGCUGAGCAGGCCACUCAGGUUGAGGUAGAUGUUACAGAAAGAGCGCUGGAGCAAGUUGAAAGAGCGCUGGAGCAAGUUGAAAUGGAGCGAGCAGAAGAUCUCUCGAACCCGUGCGAAAAGGCCCCAUCUGAGUCCUCGCAGGCGGAAAAACGUAAGCAUACCCCGGUUGUCAUCUUCGAAUCCAACAAAAAGAAGAAGAAGCCCUUCUUUUGUAAACCUUGCCAGUACCAGGCCGAGAACGAGGAGGACUUUAUUCACCAUAUCCGCAUUCACAGUGCCAAGAAAAUGAAUGUGGUAAAUGGUGCGGCUGACUCUGACGACGAUCCGGCCAGUGAGACAGGACAAUCUCAGACACCGAACCAAGAGAAUAGUGAAAGUUUGAGUAACUCCAAAGGUGUGAUCCGCUGUGAGCGCUGUGGGUACAAUACCAACCGUUAUGACCACUACAUGGCUCACCUUAAACAUCAUACUAAGGAGGGUGAAGAUCAGAGAGUUUUCAAGUGCACCAUUUGUGCUUAUACCACCAUCAGUCAGUACCAUUGGAAGAAACAUCUGAGGAACCACUUUCCCAGCAAGCUUUUCACUUGCAACCAGUGUUCAUAUUUUUCUGACCGCAAAAAUAACUACAUACAGCACAUCCGGACCCACACUGGUGAGCGUCCGUUCCAGUGCAUAUACUGUGAGUACUCCAGUUCCCAAAAAACUCAUCUGACCAGACACAUGAGAACCCAUUCAGGUGAGAGGCCUUUCAAAUGUGACAACUGCAGCUACCUGGCAGCCAACCAGCACGAGGUGACCCGCCAUGCCAGACAGGUCCACAAUGGACCCAAGCCCCUAAGCUGCCCUUACUGCCAAUACAAGACAGCCGACCGCAGCAACUUUAAAAAGCAUGUUGAGCUCCAUGUCAACCCUCGCCAGUUUCUUUGCCCAAUCUGCAAGUAUGCUGCGUCCAAGAAGUGCAACUUACAGUAUCACAUCAAGUCCAGACACCCGGGAAGCAGUGAUAUCUCGAUGGACGUGUCAAAGGUAAGACUGCGUGUCAAAAGGACUGACAUCGAUGAUGUUUCGCCAAAUGAGCUUGCGACUGAACAGGCUGGAACAAGGCGAAGUGAGGAAAAGCAGUUGGGAGAAUUGGAUGACGUUGAGUCAGGCCCCAUCAACCUCUCCAUUAAGAAAUCUAGUAAACCCACCUCUGCUGUGGAGACUGAGCUGACUGGCAAAACCUCGAAGAAAAAUAUAGAUAUCAUUGUGAAAGAAAAAUCUGGAAAGCCAAGCCAGCAACCCAACGAGAAAACUACAGAGAAAAAGGCCAUGGCGAAAAAUGAGGGGAAAGAGAAAACCGGUAAGAAGGUUAAAGGAAAGACUUUGGUGAAAGUUAUGGACAUUGCCUCGACACAAACAGAGGGCUGCAAUAACAAACAAGUUAAUAAAAAGGAGUUGAAGAAGGUAGAGAAAUCAAUCAAAUCUGUGGAGAAAGUAACGAAAGGUCGUCCUAAGAAAGAGAAGCCAUUAAAGGAGACCGCCAAUGAAGUUAUUGCAAAACGUCAACCCAUUGUUGAAGAGCAAAGGUUCGAUUUGGACAAAGAAAGAGUGGAGAAAGACCUUGUAGAUAAACAGCAGCAGCACAAAGACAAGGAAGAAAGAGAGCGGCUACAAAAGGAAAACCGAUUGCUGAAUGAUAAAGUGAAGGAGACCGAAGAGAAAGAAUGUGCAAAGGAUUGCAGGAAAUCUCCAACCAAGAAGCCAUGCAAGAGGCAGACAAAAUUGUCAAAGGUCAACAGUGAUACCCAGAGUAAAGAGGCAAUGAAAGAAGUCAGGACUAAACCAGUCAAAAGAAAAGCAGAGAACAUGAAUGAACUAGCGACUGAUUCUUCAGAAGCAACCUGCCCUUCAAAGCGGGUCAAGCGCACAAAGAAAGAUACAGCCAAGCCAUCAACAAGUUCUGGUGCUCCAGAGAGAAAUCGCACCAUACCUGAUGUUCUACAGGCCAUGAAGAGCAAAACCAAGAAUGCUGAGGCAAGUACAAACAAACCUGAGAGUUGUGUCAUUGAAACCGUGAAGACCGAUGAAGUCCCAGAGAAGCUAAGCCCUCCAGAAGCUGAAAAAGGGCUCACCACAGAAACACUGAAGGUGCUUACCCAACCAGACGAGCAGACACCUACUGAUGUGACCAAUCAAGGUGAUAGAAAUCACAAGGAGACCGCUGCUGUUUCAGAGGAACCCACAGUCUCGUGCGAUCCUCCCUCAGAACAACCUAAAGAAACCGAGAAUAAGAUCUCACAUGAACCAAAAGAAAUUCCAGAAGAAGACAGUGGAAGUGAGAUGCCGUCACCUACUGACAGCGAGAGCUCUCCAGGUUUCAGCCAACAGCAGCCUGUUUUCAGCUCAUCUCUUGAACUUCCUGGUCCGCCUGGUCACAAAUCCACGGAUGCAGAGGAUGACGAGGGUAUCCACAGUAAUGAUGGGGGAAGUGACAUCAGCGAUAGUGCCUCUGAAGGAAGCUACGACUCUGGUCUUAACGGACUGGCUGCUGCCACCGAGGGUGGAGAGAAACUUCCAGAGACUCCAACAGAAGAGCUCCCAUCUUCAACCAAACUGCUCAGUCACACGUGUAUCUUCUGUGACCGUACGUUUUCUUUAGAGAUGGACUACCGCCGCCACUUGAACCGCCAUUUAGUAAAUGUGUACUACUUGGAGGGGGCAGCUCAGGGUGACAAGUGAGGAGUAUCUUUUUUGUGUUCAAGGCAGUUUAUGAGGUUCUCAGAGACUUCCGAACUGAACAAAGCUUGUUCAGGUUGUAAAAAAAAUGAGGUUCCUGUCUGUUCUUGUUGGCUUUACGGCCCAUGACAGACGCCCACAUCAAUGCUUUCUAGUUUUUAGCUUGCCAUGACAUGAUGCAACAUGAAACGUCAAACUAAUAUAUUUCUUAUCACAGUAUUCCUUCAAUUCGAGAUUACAAUCCAUUGUAAACUUGUGGU